UUUACUAUCACUCCUCACGAACUCUAAAAAUGCAUUCUUUCACCUCCACAACCAAAUGCCUUACACGGUUUCUCCCAGAACCACUACACCUUCACCAACGCCCUCAAGGCCUGCUCCUCCCACCACUCUCGCUCCAAAGCAUUCUAAAUCCACGUGUGUCUCCUCAAUUCGGGUCACUACCUCGCCAACUAAGUGCAGUCACCCUCGUGGGCGCGUUGUGCGCGUGUUCAUCUCUCAGGGCUCUGAGACUCAGCAAGUCCGUUGACCCUUACGGCGUGAGGUUGAUUGCCAGCGCCGAUAUUGUUUUUGACAACACGGUGUCGUACCUGUAUGCAAAAAAUGGGUCGUUGAAAUAUGCCAAGAGCCUGUUUGAUAAAAUGUCUAUGAGGGACAUGAUUUCUUGGACCACUUUGUUGAUGGGUUACGCUGCGACGAGGCUUUUGAUGUGUUAAAACGAAUAGUGCAGAAACAGAGCCUAAGGAGGCAACAAUAGCGUGUGCUUCUGUUACAGCAUUGGGUUUGGGGCGGUGAGUGCAUUCAUAUAUUGACUGACGACACGACCUUGUGGUAGAUGGAAAUAUCGGGAAUGCUUUGCUAAACAUGUAUGUGAAGCAUGAAGACAUGCAAGUGGGGUUUAGGAUUUUGACAUGAUUGUGCACAAGGAUGUUAUAGCAUUGUGCUCUAUAGCCUUGCCAUGAACAGUUAUGGGAAAAGAACAUUGGAACUAUUUUCAUGCAUGUUGAUUGAAGGGGUUGAGCCUGAUGAGGAGGAUAAGGGAGGAUCAUUGAAGUUUUCACAUGGAGAAUGGUACCAAGAAUGAUGUAACCUCCUAACCUCCUGAGGUUGAUAUUGAGUACCGGUCUAAUUACUCUGUCCAUAUGUAGAAUCGAUUUAUGAUUUAUCUCAAUUUGCAGUUCCAACGUAUAUUCUGGUAUAUCAGCAGAGAAGUAUUCCGCCAA